GAUUAAUAGUUGACAAUGGUUUUGCCUUUCUGCCGAGAGCUCGUGGGAAGGUGUGAAGAGGAGGAGCAGGGAGGAGGAAGAGGAGGAGCCCCGGACGGAGGAAGAGGAGGCGUCCCGUCCCUGUCCGCCCGUGUCCAGAGGAGAGGAGCGGCCGCCAUGUUAACCAAGAAGCCCGGAACCUCGGUCCUCCCAGCGGGCAAAGCGGGCGAGCCGGUCUUCUCUCCGGCUCACGGUGGCUCUCAGACGGCGUCGCCCGGCGCGCUGCCGCGACUCCGCAACCACAACCUGACGGGAGGCCCUAGAGCUGCCAUGUCGCAGGCCGUCCAGCUGUCGUCUCAGUCUCAGGUCACCCAGCUGUACGAGGAGAACACCAACAAGCGUCCGGUGCUGACCUCCCAGCCCAACGGCCUGGCUCCUCUCGGCUCCACCCGGCCGGGCCUCCCGCUGCCAGACCGCCAGUCCUCGGCCCCGGAGCCCCCCAACCACUGCCGGCAGGGCAGCGCCUCUUCCAACAAGUCGACGGAGGGCAAGCCGAAGCCGUCCUCCCUGUCACCGGAGCAGGCCAUGAAGCAGUUCAUGUCCAAGAUGUCGUCUCUGGAGCACCACGAGGUCUUCAGCUACCCCGAAGUGUAUUUCGUCGGCCCAAAUGCGAAGAAGAGGUCAGGGGUCCCGGGCGGAGCCAACAACGGCGGCUACGAUGACGAUCAGGGAUCCUACAUCCACGUUCCACACGACCACAUCGCCUACCGCUACGAGGUCCUGAAGGUCAUUGGCAAGGGCAGCUUUGGACAGGUGGUGAAGGCCUUCGACCACCGGUCUCAGACCCACUUAGCCCUGAAGAUGGUCCGCAAUGAGAAGCGCUUCCACCGGCAGGCGGCUGAGGAGAUCCGCAUCCUGGAGCACCUAAGGAAGCAAGACAAGGACUCCAGCAUGAACGUCAUCCACAUGCUGGAGAACUUCACCUUCCGGAACCACAUCUGCAUGACCUUCGAGCUGCUCAGCAUGAACCUGUACGAGCUCAUCAAGAAAAACAAGUUCCAGGGCUUUAGCCUCCCGCUGGUCAGGAAGUUUGCCCACUCCAUCCUGCAGUGCCUGGACUCGCUGCACAAGAACCGCAUCAUCCACUGCGACCUGAAGCCCGAGAACAUCCUGCUGAAGCAGCAGGGACGCAGCGGCAUCAAGGUCAUAGAUUUUGGUUCGAGCUGUUACGAACAUCAGAGAGUUUACACCUACAUCCAGUCCAGGUUCUACAGAGCGCCGGAGGUCAUUCUAGGCUCCAGGUACGGGAUGCCGAUCGACAUGUGGUCCCUGGGCUGCAUUCUGGCCGAGCUGUUGACCGGUUACCCGCUGCUGCCGGGCGAGGACGAGGCCGACCAGCUGGCGUGCAUCAUCGAGCUGCUGGGAAUGCCGAGCCAGAAGCUCCUCGACGCCUCCAAGAGGGCCAAGAACUUUGUGUCAUCCAAGGGCUACCCGCGCUACUGCACCGUCACCACGCUGCCCGACGGCACCGCCAUGCUCAACGCCGGCCGCUCACGGCGGGGGAAGGUGCGCGGCACGCCCGGCAGCAAGGACUGGAGCGUGGCGCUGAAGGGCGCAGACGACCCGCUGUUCUUGGACUUCCUGAAGCAGUGCCUGGAGUGGGACCCGGCGCUCAGGAUGACGCCCAGCCAGGCGCUGCGCCACCCGUGGCUGAGAAGACGACUCCCCAAGCCACCGACGGGCACCACGCCAGGGGACAAGACCUCCUCCUCUAAACGCGGCGCCGCCACAACCGCCGACGGCGCCAUAACCUCUUUAUCCAAGCUCGCCACCACCUCCUCAACCACCGCCUCUUCCUCCAAAACCAGGACUAACUUGGCGGCAAUCACCGACGCCAACGGGAACAUCCAGCCCAGGACGGUGCUGCCCAAGCUGGUCAGCUGAGAGCGGAGGGACCCCGCGCUCGCCGCCGCGCUGGGAGUCAUGGAGCCGUGCUUGUGAGCUAAACCGGCCGGGAAGCCGGUUUCCAGUUUGGCUGCUCAGACAAUCAGCACACUCCGCUCUGUAGCUCCGAAACACGUCAAACAACAUGGUGCUGAGAGAGGGAACAAAGCUUUUUCUUAUGUUUUUUUACCACAGAAUGUUUUUAGCUGAUAAAUCAACACCAAAAACAACUUUCUUAUAAUCUCUCCUACAAGGUUUUAUCUGCUAACCGUCACGAUGUUUGUGGUUUACUGACAAACCAGUCAGAUAUAUCCUUGAAAUACUUAAAAAAACAGCUGCAAAAAAGGUUAACGAUUAGCAAGCUAAUCUUUGUCUCAUAUCACUACGAAAUCAUUUUGUUACGGAUCAGUUUAACAUGUCGCACUUGUCAUUACUUGAAUGACAAUGAAUCAAUCCUAACUGAACCAUCGACCUGUUAGCGGGCUAACUUUCUUAGCUAGCUGUUGUUUUAAAGUGUGGAGCUGGCCUGUGUUGACAUGCUAGCUUAGUGUCAAUCAGCUGGCUAACUGUUGGCUGGCUAAUUACCACUAGUUAGUUGUUAAAGUUAUUUAUUUCUGUUACGGUGUCACUUUGAUAACAAUUUACAAACUUUGAAGCAGUCAGCUAGCUGUAGCUGGCUAACUAUUUGCCUUUUUUGGCAGUCUGGUGGCUAGCCUUAGCCUUUUUUUAGCCAUAGCCUGUUAGCACUGCCCAGCCUUAUGAUCACAGACUUAGGAGAGUUUUUAAGCAUUCUUUUAGUUUAGUUUUAGGAAGGUUAGCAAGAAAGAGUUGAAAGAAGUGUGAUUGGAUUAAGUCCCACCCAUUUUGUUCCCUAUUUGAUCAAACAAAUCUGAUUGAUAAGGAUAUAAAAGGGCUGUGAAGAUGGGAAGUCUGAAAAAAUUUAACUGUGGCUGCAGUUUUCAAUCUGCUAAACGAAGGUACAUCGACAUAUUAAAUCAAUGAUAACCUCUUUGAGGUUAUCAUUGAUUUACUAAGUAAGUAAGACGUAGCAUCCGGAUGUGUUUCCCAAAUAAUCAAUUAAAACCGGGCUGCAUGGAGCCUUGAGGAUGAUUACUUAUAUAACUUUAGCCCUCUAGCUUGAGGACCCCAGGUUUGUAUCGAGAUGCUUCCUUCCAGGUUAAACUGGAUGGUUUUGCCUCAGUAAUUAUUCAGGGUGAAGAUGCUGUGGUUUGUAUUCUGGGCGAAAGCGUGGGGAGCGUCAUAAGAGGGAGGAUCUCCACAGCUAACGCAACGUUAGCAUGUGACUGCUCUGGUUUCAAUUCAGGGUUUUUUUCUCUUAAAGUAACAAAACACUUCUGCGGAGAAUUUAGACGUUAAACAUAUCAGAUAAAACACACUAAAAACAGUAUCAUUUUUAAAAAGGGGUCCCGUCACAUCAGUUUGUGUUGCCGUUAGUUAGUGACAACAGACUACAGAAGAAGUGGACGUCCUCCAUCUUGGUUGUUGGAACCAUUGGUGGCACAUAAGGGCAAAGCUUAAGUACAACGGAACACCAACACAAGAGACCAAAAUGUUACAAUUACCUUUGAUGAAGUAAACAGUACACACUGAAAGGGUUAAAGUUAAAACGCUGUGGUAGGGACUUGUCAAUCAGCGCGUAGCUCCCGCCCUUAAGCAUACCCUGCUUUACGUCUGUGGUGUUGUGCUCGGUGCAUUCUGGGAUACGCUCCCGCCUCCUUCCAACCCUGAACCCUAAAGUGGCCGCUAUACGUAGCUUUAUCGCUAACAUCACAUGAAGGAAUCUGCUGUCUCUUCCUGGUGUGACCGGGUCCUGACGCUAUAUAACUUUGAUUCACACAACGAGUACUCGUAGUACAAGUACACAGUGGUCAGGCUACAGAUGAAAUAAUAACAAUCCAAAAAUAACAAUAAUGAUUUGUCGAGCUAUCAAUGUGAUAUGGGAGGGGGGGAGUUAUUUAUUUACAACCAUUUAAUAUUUAUGAAUCUAACUAGAUAUUUACUACAUGUGCAGUUCAUACCGUAUACUUGAAUGUGUGUGUGUGUGUGUGUGUGUGUGUGUGUGUGAGAGUUGACGUAGCAAAUGGGUUUUUCUUAAGCUUGUUCCCUCACACACAAAUCUAUAUCGACAUGAAAGAAAAUCCUGAACGCAACCACAGGAAGUCAAGUCGUAAUGGAGCGGUUGAUGAAGAGGAGGAGGAGGAGGAGUGAUGGACUGUUGCACAUGGGACAACAGUGACAUGUAACCCAGGCGGAGGUGAUGGUGUAAAACACGGAGGCACCACCUGCUGGUCCGCUCCAAUGUUAAUAUGUUUGUUUUUUAACGAUUGGUUGGUUGUGUUUUUUAAUUUUUUUUUAAAGAGAGCGCUGGGAGUCGUAACCUUGUGCCUUCAGUAUCUCGUCGCCAUGACGACACCAACCCCCACAACACACACACACACACACACACACAAGAAAUUUGCGGUGACAUCGGUGGGCCGGUCAUUCAGCUGUCAUUGGUACUCUGUCAAAGUCAGUUUUGACGGCCAACGUCCUCGUGCUGAUUGGAUCGUGGAUUUGUUUCAGCAAAGCCCUGAGAUACCAUGUGAACCGCUCGCGACCUCUGACCUCAUACAAAAAUAACACAACCCCAGAGAGAAGUGUGACCAUUACAUUACAUGUCAUUUAGCUGACACUUUUAUCUAAAGCGACUUACAAUAAGCAUCUCAAGCACAAGGAUACAAACUCAACCAUGAAGUAAUGGAUGAUUUUAAAUCUAAAAUAUAAUGGUAAAAAAUGCCACUGACUCCGGUUUGGUUUUAAACAAUCAAAUACAAACAAAUAAAAAUAAAUAGAUGAGGAAUUUCAGAGAAAUAACUAUUAACAAUUAUUAAAGUUAUCUAAGGAUCUAAGGGUUGUGUUGAUAUAAUAUAAUUUUUUUUAAAUGGCCUGUCUUGAAUGCAGCGUAAAGGUAAUUUGUAUUGAAGCAGACCCUCCAGAUGAAGAAAUGUGAGGGAUAGAAAUAAUGUUAUAAUUAUGACUAGGCUGUAGGCCAGGGGAGUUACUUUUCAAUCGACCAAGUCCCGGCGGUCUCGCCCCCCCGCUGGCCGGUCCCGGUCCGUUCGCCCAAUUACGACCCGCCCGCCUUGGUCCUUUCGCCUGAACAACAACGCUCCAUACUGACCGACCUAUUGGGCCGCCCUGCUGUAACCUCUAUAACGCUAAACACACACAUUGAACAAAUAUUUACAUUAAAGUUGAAAUUUAGCCCUCGUCAGUAAAAUAUGUUAAAAAUAUUAUUAUUAUUAAUAUUAUUUUCUAGAUUUGACUUCUAAAUCAAAACGUGAUCCACUAUAUUUUAUAGCUUAUUAUUGACUUAAGGAAAGGCAUGACAUCUUAGGGAGUCAAAAUACUUAUUUUCCCAAAAAAUGUAUUUUCCUCUAUAACAAUCUGCUUUUUCCGGUCGAAAUUUGCUUCCAUACUGUUUACAGAACCAGCAGAGCAGGCCUACGCACAAACCGUGUAUGUAGCUUUAAUCUGGUUAACACUGACAUAAAGUGCGUAUGUGUGUGUUGGGGAGUGGGGGUGAAACAUGGCUGCACAAUGUACAGACACAUAUCAGCCGCCUGUCGCCUCGGAGACGGACUGGCGACAACCCCUGCUGACGGCAGGGCCAAGCUAACACUAGCCGAAUCACCGCUAGCGUCCAGCCGCUAGCUGCUGCACUGACCUUUGUUUUCUCUACAGUGAAGCAAACCCUAGCUUACUGCUAACCAACCGCUAGUAGCACGUUACGAGUUCAUCCCUGUUAGCUUUUAGCAUUAAAUGUUUUUUAAAAGCAGGGACGCACCGAUUGUAAAGUUCUGUGCCGAUGCCGAUGUUUUUGUUGUUUAUUUUUCCCCAAAUUGUGUCAGGGGAAAGAAAUUGUUAUUAAAAAGUUUUAAAAAACACUAUUUUUGAGUGAGCACAAAUUCAAUCACUUAUACAACCUUCUUUUUAUUGUCUACGCAACUAUUCAUGACAACAAUGAUUUAGUUCUAACAAAACCCCAACAAAAACACCCUUUUUGUUUAAAACAAAUGUAGUUAAAUGUGAAAGCGAUAAUGAAUAUAAACAGGGACGAUUUUCACCAUGUCGUCGCAGAGUGUGAUACACUGCCAACAUUUGCACUUUUAUAUUUAAACACGUUUCAUUCGCUCGGGCAAUCGAUGCGUCCCUACUUCUUUUUUUUUUUGUAAUGUUGGUACCUCAGACUUCUCAGUUAAUGUUUUUAUGAUUAUUCCUGUUGUCAUCGUUGUGACUAACACCAAGGGCAUUUGGUUUGACAAAGCUAGCUGAGAGCUAGCCGCUCAAACAGACAGAUGGGUCAGGAAGUAAGACAGAAAGGAGAAGGCAAGUGAACAAAGUGCAACAAGAGAAGCUAACAUCUGCACAACAAGUACACAAGGAGAAUGCGCGAUAGCGUUAUGUUUUCAAAAAAGUUCUAUUAUAACAGUCUCACAGAAUUAUAAAGUCUGGUUUAACUGACCUCUUGGUAGCAUUCAGAGACCUGUAGCCUAACUAGCUUGCUAGCGUGUUACCAUGCAAGCAUAAUAGCCCAAUAAUUCUGCGAGCUUGUUAUCAUGUUAGCCAGGUAGUCUUAAUAGUCUGCCAGCUUGUUACCAUGCUAGCUAAAUAGCCUAAUUAUUCUGCCAGCUUAUUACCAUGCUAGCCAGGUUGCCGAAUUGGUCUGCCAGCUUGUUACCGUGCUAGCCAGGUAGUCUAAUUAAUAUGCCACUUUUUAUUGCCAUGCUAGCAUGGUAGCCUAACUAGCCUACCAGCUCAUUACCAUGCUAGCCAUUUUUUAGUUUCUUGCGGAAGGGUUAGGGUUCACUGUAUUACUGUGAUGUUUGCCAGCCAGGUUUUAUUGUGGACUUUAUUUGUAAAUAUGUGGAAUAAAUGUUUAAAUAAUAUGUUUUUUUGCGAGAGGGGGGUUGCGCUGCUGUGCCACGCUGCGCGCAACCAGUUUUGUACUGUAUCUACUGUACAGAACUCAACACUUUUCUAGUGAGUCUUGGUUCAAUUUUAUUGUGGUGGAAAAUUAUUAUUAUUAAUAAAAUAUUUUAGUUGUUCAUCUUCA